ACAUGUGCGAGUUAAACAAUUAUUUAAAAUGGUCUAUUAAUUUUUUGCGUCUAUAAAAGCUUAAAAACUUAAUUAUUUAUUUAAUAACAUCUAGCCUUGAUGGAAAGUAGGAAUAGGAUGCAGUCCUACAAGUCCAACAAAACUAGUUUUAAAAUAUUUUUAUCAGACUGACAUCACUGUCAAAUACGAAUGUAAAACACGACGCCGCAAAAAAAGAGUGCCGGGUAUCAUUUGUUGUCACUACUUGUGUUGUUUACGCCUAAUGACCGUCUUAAGUGGAAUCCCGCUAUCGUAAAUGAAAUGGGGUAUGAAAUAUGUUUAAAUACGUGGGUUAAACCGUAUAAUUAACCUUGUGUAUGACUGACGACAAUUUAAAUUCGAUUAAGUAACAUUUACAACAUUUUAAAAGCUUGCAUCCUAUAAAUAAUAUAUAAUCAUUCAGCCUAUAUACGUCCCACUGCUGGGCACAGGCCUCCUCUCAUGCGCGAGAGGGCUCGGGCUAUAGUCCCCACGCUAGCCCAAUGCGGAUUGGGGACUUCACAUACACCUUUGAAUUUCUUCGCAGAUGCAUGCAGGUUUCCUCACGAUGUUUUCCUUCACCGAAAAGCUAGUGGUAAAUAUCAAAUGAUAUUUCGUACAUAAGUUCCGAAAAACUCAUUGGUACGAGCCAGGAUUUGAACCCGCGACCUCCGGAUUUAAAGUUGGACGUCAUAUCCACUCGGCCACCACCGCUUCAUCCUAUAUCUUGCAAUAAUUAAAAAAUCAAGUGUCAAAAUAUUUUCUAUUAUGUCAAUAUCCAGGGAGGAAAAUGGGUACUAUGUUUGUAUGGAAAAACGGUCGUCCACUAUCGCCUUAAUCAUUAGAAAUUACAUUUUGCCAUUAAAUUCCAUGAAGCAUGACGACGAAUUGUAAAAAAUGACUUUGUAUUAAAUUUUACAUAAGAUAUUUCACUUUUGUAAUUUUACCCAUCAUGAGGCCCAUAUUGAUUUUGGUAACCAGUUUAUGUUCCAUAAUCUGGUUCCCAGACCAAUAUUAUUGUAAUUCGGAUGAAAACAAAAGAAAUGUAACGAUAAGAUUAUUAUCAACACAAAAAAGACGAAAACCCAUGAAGAUGAGCGCAUCAAGAGUAACUUCAUCACCCAUAACACCAACGUAUUACAAUCCCAAUCCUGGCUACGACGCGUACUGGACGGAUGGACAUUGGAUUUUUGGGACAACCACCACGAAAGCCACCAGCACUACUUCCACCAGAACCAGAAUCCUCGUCUGUCAGAAGCCUUGUCCCAUUGAGUACCGAAACGUGGACAAAGUAUGUGCACAUAAAGUGUCCCAUAUAGAUCAAAGGUCUACAAUAUCUCCCGGGUAUGCGAAGGAUCCUGUAAAAACAGACAACACUUACAUACAUUUUAAAACAUUUCCCACCUAUUGCGAAUUUUUACAUGAACGAUGCAAGACGAAAAUUUGGAACAAUAUGAGCUGGGUCUUCAUUCAUUUUGGCGAGUGUUUGACAGAUGAGGAAGUUAAUUUGAACAUAGAUAAUGAUUUGGUUGUUUUAAAUCGAAAGAAAGAUGUUUUGACCACAUACUAUAAUAAAACCUUCAAAAAUAUCCACAGUGAGUAUUUUAAAAACAAGGUAAUUAAGAGUAUAGGCUUUUUCCAUGCAAAUUUGGAUAUUGACAUUAUGGGAAAUAUUUUUACAUAAUAUAAUAUUGUAUAUUGAUCAUA